AUGAGCUGCACCAUCAAAAGAACAUCUAGUACCUCGUACAGGAGCGGCGGAGGUGGAGGCGGCUGCGGUGGCGGCAGUGGCAGGAGCUCCUCCGUCUCCUGCAGGCGAUAUGCCUCCUCUGUCAUAGGCGGUGGAAGCUAUGGUGGGGGAGCGUGCAGCACGGGCUACGGAGGGGGCAUGAGCGCUGGCAGCCUUACGGGAGGCUUCGGUGGUGGCUUUGCAGGAGGCUUUGGUGCUGGGGGGGACAUGCUUCUGAGCGGCAAUGAGAAGGUCACCAUGCAGAACCUCAACGACCGCCUGGCUGCGUACCUGGACAAAGUGCGACGGCUGGAGGAAGAGAACGCUCAGCUCGAGCACCACAUCCGGGAGUGGUACAGGAAACAAGCUCCCAGUGUUUCAAAGGACUACACCUCCUACUACCAGACCAUCGAACAACUCCAAAAUCAGAUCAUUUCUGCCACUGUGGACAAUAACAAAAUGAUUCUGGACAUCGAUAACAGCAAGAUGACUGCUGAUGACUUCCGAAUGAAGUAUGAGAAUGAGCUGGUCAUCCGUCAGACUGUGGAGGCUGAUAUUAAUGGCUUGAGAAACAUCCUGGAUGACCUGACUCUGGUUAGAUCUUCACUGGAAUCUGAGCUAGAGUCCCUGAAGGAUGAGCUGAUCGCUCUCAAGAGAAACCAUGAGGAGGAAAUGAGACAGCUGCAGUCCCAAACUGGUGGCGACGUGAGCGUGGAGGUCAACGCUGCUCCUGGCGAAGACUUGACAAAGAUACUGAACGACCUGAGAAACGAAUACGAGCAGAUCAUCGAGAAGAACCGCAGAGAGGUUGAGCAGUGGUAUGAAGUCAAGAUUGAAGAAGUCAACCGGCAGGUCACUUCUAGCAGCCAGGACAUCCAGACGAGCAGCCACCAGCUCACGGAACUGAGACGCGAAAUGCAGAACCUGGAGAUCGAACUGCAGGCGCAGCUCAGCACGAAAAACUCCCUGGAAAACUCCUUGGCAGAAACCGAAUCUCGCUACGGCUGCCUGCUGCAACAAAUCCAAGGGCAGAUUCACUCUGUAGAGGAGGAGCUGGCCAGCAUCCGCUGUGAGAUGGAGAGCCAGAACCAGGAGUACAAGCCUGGGCAUCAAGACCCGACCCGCCUGGAACAGGAGAUUGCUCAGUACCGGCUGCAGGAGGGACAGCAAGACAUUGUUACGUCCCAAGGAGCUUAUCAAGGAGGUGGAAAAUCAUCCCAUUCAUAUUCUUCUACUUCCUACUCUCAUUCCCAGUGUGGUGACAUGACAGGACAGUCAAGAGUGUGCUAG